AUGGGCGCCACACAAUCGAGCGACCUGAACGUGCAAGCCCAGCGCUCAAGACCACAUAACAACCAAGCAGCUGUGGCUGCACUGCUCUUGCACCAUCACCAGCUUGCGCUACAGCAAACGCCAUCAACAUCUGACCGCCCUGCUAAAUGUCCAGUGCCCCACGGGCCGCGGGGUGCUAUGGCACGAUCCCUGGCUUCCGAUCAUGAAGCGCAGCUGAAUCCACUAAACAAAAUGCCUACGCUGUCACAGAAGCGUGCUCCAGAGCAGAAAAUGGAGCUUUCACGCGAGCGUACGGUGUCUUCGAUCCCACGAGCAAAGUCUUCCGCGGCGCCGGGGGACUCGCCGUACGGUGCACCGCAAUGUCCAAUUCCGCAUGAUCAGCGCACUAGGCACGAAAAAGAAGCGAGCUGUCCUGUCACGCACGACAAAAAGAGUCUCGACGACGGCGGCAUCAACAAUGACAGCGAGACACCUGGUUUCUGGGAAUAUCCAUCGCCGCAACAAUUUUAUAAUGCGCUUGUGCGCAAAGGAUGGGAGACACCAGAAGAACACGUGGAAAUGAUGGUGCUGAUUCACAAUUUCUUGAACGAGCGUGCAUGGAAAGAAAUUAUCGAUUGGGAGACUCUGGCAGGCAGUGAUGUAUCACAACUACAGCUUGCGCGAUUCCAGGGUCGCCCUGGCACGCUAAGUCCAAGAGCAAGGAUGUUUAUGUGGCUUGCAUGGGCCUUUCCCAACAAGUUUAGCUCUGAGCCGCCAUUUGACCGACACGAUUGGAUUGUGCGACGUGGUCCAACGGAAGCGCAUCCUGAGGGAGAGGAAAUUCGGUACAUCAUUGACUACUACUCGAACGAAGAUGAGGAUGCCCAUUCGGAUGAGAAUGAGGCGAGCUUCAAUCUAGAUGUUCGGCCUGCUAUAUCAAAUCUAUCGACGAUCCAGAUGCGCUGGAAGAAGCUUCUUCAAGAGUAUGAAUCUGGCGAGCUUUUCGAACCAUUCCGCAGUGAUUCUUCUUCCGCACAGCCACGAACGUCGGUGCCUGUGCCCGAGCAACAUCGUUCUGCUUCGUCGCCGUAA